UUUUUAAAAACUCACGUGUUAAAUCUAAUAAAUAGUUUCAUCUUAGCUUAUGUUGUUGCGGUUUAGUAUUUAUUUACUUAUAACUGCAAAAAGGUGUUGAGUAAUAAAAAUUCCUCUUUUAAAAUAAGAAACUUUAAAAAUAGACACUAUUUCAUUCAGUGAAGAAAAUGCAUCCAAAAUUCUUUAUUUUAAGAAAUGAUUCACUAGAUGAAAGAACUCAAGGAUUAAUGACCCAGUCACUCAGAGAAAUUUUUGGAUAAAAAACUGCUUUAUGCGCCAAAAAGAUGAUUAUGUCGCCAAAAGAAUUGAUUCCUGCACAUUGAUGUGGCGGUCCCUUGAAUUUGCUCUUGCGCUUCCUGCCGGCUUAUGGUUGAUAUUUACGAACGUACGUUAAGCGCGUGUCUAUUUAUUUACUACGUCAUUGUUAUCUUGCAAGCAUCGGAAAAGAUUGAUCUAUUCUGACCUUUAAAGUAUUUAAAAUUUAUAACUUUAAGGAGAUAGACAGCAUUGGUGACUAUGUGAUUGCCAAUCCUAUGAUUGUUUACAUUUAAGGAGUACAUGAGUUACCCUUUUAAAUAGCUUAUGCUUAUAAAUAUUAUUUACUUAUAUUGAAAAAGAGAAAAGGAUGUGUUUCUUCUUUAUCAGAUAUGAUUGUUAAAAGGACUUAAAUAUUAUUUAGGAAGAAAAAGUUUCCUCUUCAAAAGUAGUGUAUGUGUGAUUUGUGUUGGAAAUCAGAAAAUUAUUGGGUGAUGACAUUACCUUAAUAAUUAAUAAUAGUUUUUAUUAAAAAAACAGACUGCUACUGUCUUAUAAUUGCAAAUCAGCAUAAAAUCUCUCUUUAGAAAGAGUUUCAAAGUAAAAUUAUAUAAAGGUUCAUCGAAAUUUUUUUAAAAAAUGAUAUAAGUAUAACUUAAUUUUUUAUUGAAAUAUCGCUGUUUAUUUAUAAGUUUAAUUUUAAAAUAGAGAAGACGCACCCUAACAGCUGGAAUGAUGUUGCACUUUCAAGUCAUUAAAUUUCAGUUCGUAAAAACAAAUUCAUUUCAGUGUUUUUCUUUAGUAAUCCAGAUGAGAUAAAAACUGAGUUAUUUUCUUUAAAAAGAAAAUCACUCGUAGACUCUGCAUAAAGAAAAUAAAUGGAAAACAUACUUUUUCCUCGGAGCCAAUCAGCUAGUUCAUCGGGGAGUCGAGUGCAGUUUUUAGAAGCAGCGGAAAGAGCUCAGAAUGAAUUGGAGAGCAACUUCUCUCGAGUCAGCAGUCAAGUGCCCCUGUCCCCCCAGGGGGAUGAUGAUAGGAGUUAUCAGUAUUCUGAAGCAGAAGUGGAGAGAGGGACAUGGACGGGGAAGUUCGAUUUCCUCCUCUCCCUCCUCGGUUAUUCAGUGGGACUGGGGAAUGUCUGGAGAUUUCCAUAUCUCUGCUACAGCAACGGCGGAGGUGCCUUUCUCAUUCCUUUCAUUUGUAUGAUGUUGUUAGCUGGUCUACCACUCAUGUUCAUGGAACUCUCAUUUGGCCAGUACGCUAGUCUAGGACCUAUCGCCAUAUUUGAUAGGUUCUGUCCAUUAUUCACUGGUCUCGGAUACGGCAUGGUAAUAGUAUCCGGAACUGUUAUGUUGUAUUAUAACAUGAUCAUCGCAUGGACAAUCUUCUACAUGUUCGCAUCAUGGAACAGUCGACUUCCUUGGGAUAACUGCGCACCAGAAUGGAGCACAUCAGCCUGCUACUCCUAUAAUGACGCACAGGACUGUAUGCAGAAAAAUGGCACUUACUACAACCGCACCUGCUUUGAUGGAAAUUAUUCCAUAGCUCAUAAUCUAAGUUCACUCGUAAAAUACAUGACCAAAAAACCUCCAGCCGGUGAAUACUUUGAAAAUUACGUUCUUGGUCAGUCUUCCGGAAUUGAAGAAACUGGCGGAGUCCGAUGGACGCUUGCUGCCUGCUUAAUAUUAGCCUGGGUUAUAGUAUUUUUAUGCCUCAGUAAAGGCGUUCAGUCUUCUGGGAAGGUGGUUUACUUUACGGCGUUGUUCCCAUACGUGGUGUUGAUUAUACUGUUCUUCCGAGGAGUGACGUUGCCUGGUGCACUAGAAGGAAUAAUCUUCUACGUCACACCCAAUUGGAGUCGAUUGCUCACAGCCCAGGUAUGGGGUGACGCUGCCGUCCAGAUUUUCUUUGCUCUGAGUCCAGCUUGGGGUGGUCUCAUUACUCUUUCUUCCUAUAAUAAAUUCCACAACAACUGUUACAAGGAUUCACUUAUCGUGUCCGUGAGCAACGUCUUGACGAGUAUCUUUGCUGGCUUCGUCAUAUUCUCAGUUAUUGGAUACUUGGCUCACGAGCUCAAUGUGGAAGUUGAUCGAGUGGUUGACCAAGGUGCUGGUCUCGCAUUCAUUGUCUAUCCAGAGGUAGUUGCGAGACUACCUGUAGCUCCACUUUGGGCAUUCCUCUUUUUCUUCAUGCUUCUCACCCUGGGACUUGACAGCCAGUUUGCACUUUUGGAGACUGUUACAACAGCAAUACUUGAUCGUUUUCCUGCAUUGAGAGAGAAGAAAACAUGGGUGGUCUUUAUUUUAAGUAUCCUAGGUUAUCUAGGUGGAAUCAUAUUUACAACAAAUGCUGGUGUUUAUUGGCUCCAAUUGUUUGACAAGUAUGCGGCCAAUUUUUCAGUUCUGAUCAUAGCGAUUUGUGAAUGUCUUUUGAUAUCCUGGAAUUAUGGUGCUGAAAAGUUUCUACGAGACAUUGAGAAAAUGAUUGGAACAAGAUCUGCAGGAUGGGCUUAUUUCUGGGCUAUUAUGUGGAAAUAUCUUACUCCAGCAGUAUUAGUGUUCAUUCUGGUGUUCAACUGGAUUGAAUACACUCCGGCAAAGAGUGGAAACUAUGUAUAUCCUACUUGGGCCAAUGCUGUUGGUUGGGUGAUUGCUUUCUUUCCUGUGGUGGUUAUAGUAGCUUUGAUGUUUUACAAAAUAUGCACUACAACAAAAAGACCUUUCCGAGAAAAACUGAGACUUCUCAUGCAACCUACUGAUGAAUGGGGCCCACCACCAAAACUAGCCACAUUCAAGACAGGAGACCCCGCCGAUGACACAGGAUCGGAGUACAUUCGGAAAAAUUCGUUCGACAAUCCUUCCUUCAAUGUGACAUACACUUUCGAAACGGCCAUAUGAUAAUUAAUUUAAGUGCAAUAUAUAAGGGAACUCGGAACCAAAUAUUGCACUAUGAGCGCGGCAACUGUUUGUUCACUGGUGCAUUUUGAAGUACCAGCUCAAAGCGUGUUUCACCUUAAGGAUGGACAAAUAUAUGGCAAUUAGAGCUACGCACUUCAAGCAAAAGCGUUUCCAUCUAUGCAUAGAGAAAGCUUUGAAUGAACUUAAUUCUGCUAUAGAACAGAAAAAGUAUAAAGCUGAAAUAUUUUUAUGAAGUAUAGAGCCAGUACAAUGUUAAUCCUUGUUUUUGAUUCUGUAUAAAUGAUUGUAUAGGUAUACAUUUUUGGAGAAAAGUAAAUAGGAAAGCGUGUAAUAUAUGAGGCUUAUUUGCUAACGAGAUUAAUGAAAUGGGAACUUAGUUUACGAUUCCGGCUGUUUAUAGUUAAUGAAAUAUAGAGGCAGUUUUAGAAACAGGCAGCUGAAAUGUUUGUUGUAUUUGAAUGAAUUGUUAAUAUAGUUUCCUAGUAUAGCGGCGUCAAAAAUGAAUCAAAAAAAUAUUUUGUAAACGAUCAUUGAUGUGUGUAUCUUUAUACAUUGAAACAAAAAGAAUUGUGGAGUUGAUAUAGUCGUAUAGUUUCUUGAUGAUUUUUAAUGCAUUGUUAUAUUGUUUUCACGUAGAAAGUUUGAGGCUAAAUUCUCGUUAAAAACAGAGUUAGAAAUUGAUUUACAAAUAGUUUCCAUGUUCUAAAAUUAUUACGCAUAAUUUUAAUGAUUAAAUGUAUGAAAUUUACUAGAAUGUUGUAGGCAUAUAUUACUAUUUUAAUUUUAUAUCAUAAUUUAAAAUACCUUUAA